AUGAAUGUUUCCCUAUUCUCUUCACUUGUCUUGUUUGACAUGCCGCUUCUGACAAACAUACUGCUGUAUUCUGCUACCAUAUUGACCUUUACUAUUUAUUACACAAUGUACAACAUAUAUGAUGUAUAUUAUAUGGUUGCUUCUAUUUUCAUCAUGUGCAGUGAACUGUCUAUUUUCGAGAUUGCCCAGAUAUUCUACUCUUACUUUUAUUUUUAUUUCUUUGUUCUUCUGUGUUUGCUCUUUCUAAUUUUCUUUGUUCUCUAUAUGUGCUGCAACUACACGGAUAAUAUUGUGAUAACCAUCUCGUCAAUUGUCUGCUCUAUGCUUUUCAUGAUUAUUUUUUUUUCUUUCACAUCCCAGCCACUCGAUCUACUGUCCUUUCUAAUACGAGGAUUCUGGUUUCUUGUCCUAGAAAUGGCAAUAAUUGCUGGCGUGAUUGUUAAUCAGCACUUAUAA